AUGGCGGUACAUCAGAGCACGGAAGAUUCGGAAGAAGAGAUUUCUGGAUUGUCGAGUGAGGAGUGUGAAGUUUAUGAGCCGCAAGCAGAUGAUGAAGAGCUUGAAGUUUCUGAGGAUGCAUACAAUGUUAUGGAAUACAUCUCGCUUGACUGGCCAGCACAGAGUAUUGACAUUUUCAGAGGAUUUACCGUUGUGCUCGGAACAAACCCUCCCGAGGGAAUUACACCUGGGAUGAUAAGCAUUGAUUUGCUUCCAACGAAUGGGAUGAAGAUGCCAGGGAAGAUGAAGAUUUCUAAAAGGAAUGUAAAGGAAUCCUACAACAAGGUUAGAGUGAAUGGAGAGACAAUUUAUUGCCUGUCUGAUAACAAGUUUGUCGUACACAACUCUAAGUUUGAUGAGGUUUAUGUGAGAGAGAUUAACCAGGGGCUUGGGUAUGGACUUUGUUUUGGUAGCACUGGAUGUGUUUUUGGAACAAGAAGUGGAGAAGUAUCUAUGAAUGAUUGGAAUUUCAAUGAGAUUAGCAUGAUAAGUGUUCAUGAGGACUCUAUUGAAGGGCUUUGCUACCAGGACAACAUGAUUUUUUCUGGAUCAUGUGACCACAGUAUCGGGAUUACCGAUAUUAGGGCCAAGAAAAGUGUUUUCCAGAAGAAGUUUGAAUAUGAUAUAAAUGCCGUGGACUUCAAUGGAGACAAUAUGCUUGCUUUUGGAGACGAUAAUGGAGUAAUCCGAUUGAUGGAUAUCAGGAACUACUCGGUGGAAGAAAUUAGCAGGCACAAGACACCCAUCAGCUGUUUGAAGUGGAGGGAUGGCGAUAUUCUUGCUUCUGGAAGUGACGAGCAGGUAUGCAUCUGGGAUAUAUCUCUUGAUCCAGGCGAGGAGGAUGGGUAUCUAUUAUUUGUUCAUCAAGGACAGAAGUUCUAUAAGGACAUUACCUUCUGCAGGGGGGAUAACAACUAUGUUAUUACAACUUCAAUAGAUGGACUCUGUGUCUUCUACCCUAUUUCGUUUGAUCCUGAAGAAUAA